AUGGCUACUUUCAGUCAUUAUUUCAGCUCUGCUAGCAGUAUUAUCCCUUCUUCUAAUCCCCUGCCAUUUGAAUUCCUCGGCACUACUUUCCAAAGCUUCCCUACAUUGGAACUGUCAUCGGUUUGCAUCAACCUUACACUCGUCCUUUUGCUGCUCUUCAUUGUGUCUGCCAGGCAGAUUUAUCUCUGUGUUGGCCGGGAAAGAGCUCGCAAGGAUGAGUCCAGUGGCGGCCCUGUUCAGGUUGGUGGCCGGGGGGAGGAUGUGGAUGAUCAGAGCAUUGUGAUUUCUGGAAGCUACAAGGCUGCUUUCUUGUCUUGCUUCUAUGUGUUAUUCAUCAAUGUUGUGGUUUUGGGUUUUGAUGUGAUUCGUUCCAUAAGGGCUGCUGCCCAGGAUCAUCCUGCCCAUUUGUCCCUCUUGAUCUUCCCUGCAGCUCAAGCUGUGGCCUGGUUUGUUCUGAGUUUUUCAACCAUUUACUGCAAGUAUAAAGCCACUGAGAAAUUCCCUUUGCUCUUGAGGAUUUGGUGGGUUCUGUCUUUCGCCAUUUGCUUGUUCUCUCUGUAUGUUGAUGUGACUGGUCUUGUUCGAGAAGGCUCGAAACACUUGAACAAUUCUCAUGUUUUGGCUAACAUCGCUUCGACCCCUGCUCUUGCUUUCCUCUGCUAUGUGGCAAUCAAAGGGGCAACUGGUAUUCUGGUGUGUAGGAAUUCCGAUCUCCAAGAGCCAUUGCUCUUUGAAGAAGAAGAAGCUGCUGUUCCAAAAGUUAGUCCUUACAGUGAAGCUGGUCUUUUUAGCUUGGCCACUCUUUCCUGGCUGAAUCCUCUUCUUUCCAUUGGUGCUAAGAGGCCACUGGAAAUGAGAGACAUCCCCAAUCUUUCACCAAGAGAUCGUGCAAAGGUCAAUUACAAACUACUGAAUUCAAACUGGAAAAAGAUGAGAGCUGAAAAUCCUUCAAGGGAACCAUCCUUAGCUUGGGCCAUUCUCAAGACCUACUGGAAGGAGGCGGCUUGGAAUGCAAUUUUUGCGGCAAUCAACACCCUGGUGUCAUAUGUCGGUCCAUACUUGAUCAGCUACUUUGUGGAUUACUUGGGAGGGAAAGGCACUUUCCCACAUGAAGGAUACAUUCUUACUGGUAUUUUCUUUGCAGCAAAGUUGGUGGAGACAUUAACAACCCGUCAAUGGUAUCUGGGGGUAGACAUUAUGGGAAUGCAUGUGAGAUCAGCUCUAACAGCAAUGGUGUAUCGCAAAGGCCUCAAGAUAUCAAGCUUGGCCAAGCAGAACCACACAAGCGGAGAGAUUGUUAACUACAUGGCGGUUGAUGUUCAAAGAGUAGGGGACUACUCUUGGUAUCUUCAUGACAUCUGGAUGCUACCUCUCCAGAUUAUUCUUGCCCUUGCAAUAUUGUAUAAAAAUGUAGGGAUUGCAUCCGUUGCGACAUUGAUUGCCACCAUUAUAUCCAUCGUGGCAACAGUACCGCUGGCAAGGCUUCAGGAAGAGUAUCAAGACAAUUUAAUGGCUGCAAAGGAUAACAGAAUGAGAAAGACAUCUGAAUGCCUCAAGAACAUGAGAAUUCUCAAGUUGCAAGCGUGGGAGGAUAGAUACAGAUCAAUUUUGGAGGAAAUGCGAAGCGUGGAAUUCAAAUAUCUCCGGAAAGCUCUUUACUCCCAAGCUUUUAUCACAUUUAUUUUCUGGAGCUCUCCCAUAUUCGUUGCAGCUGUCACAUUCGGCACUUGCAUACUGUUGGGUGGACAGCUCACCGCAGGAAGUGUGCUGUCUGCUCUGGCAACUUUCAGAAUUUUGCAGGACCCGCUGAGGAAUUUCCCUGACUUGGUGUCUAUGAUGGCUCAGACAAAAGUAUCACUUGACAGGAUAGCUGGAUAUUUGUUGGAUGAAGAUUUACGAGAAGAUGCAACAAUUGUUUUACCCCAAGGCGUGACAAAUGUGGCUAUUGAAAUCACUGAUGGUGAAUUCUCCUGGGAUCCAGCUGCCUCAAGGCCAACAUUGUCAAAUAUACAAUUGAAAGCAGAGAAAGGGAUGCGUAUCGCUGUCUGUGGCGUGGUUGGUUCGGGGAAGUCUAGCUUUCUUUCCUGCAUACUUGGGGAGAUCCCGAAAAGAUCAGGAGAAGUUAAAAUUUGUGGCUCUGCCGCUUAUGUGCCUCAAUCAGCAUGGAUACAGUCCGGGACGAUCGAGGACAACGUACUUUUCGGUAAUCCCAUGGAUAAACCACGAUACAAGAGGGUCGUUAAUGCAUGUUCUCUUAAAAAGGAUUUUGAACUAUUUUCUCAUGGAGAUCAGACAAUAAUUGGUGAUAGAGGCAUAAAUCUUAGUGGUGGUCAAAAGCAAAGGAUACAGCUUGCUAGGGCGCUCUAUCAAGAUGCGGAUAUUUAUUUACUUGAUGAUCCCUUUAGUGCUGUAGAUGCACACACGGGGUCAGAGUUAUUUAGGGAGUAUAUAGUGUCAGCAUUAUAUUCGAAGACCGUUGUGUAUGUCACUCAUCAAGUGGAAUUUUUACCAGCUGCUGAUUUGAUACUGGUCCUUAAGGAUGGUCAUAUCACUGAAGCUGGUAAAUACGAUCAGCUUUUGCAAGCUGGAACAGAUUUUGAAACUUUGGUUUCAGCGCACCAUGAAGCAAUUGAAGCUAUGGAUUUUUCGAGUCAGUCAUCUGAAGAAUCAGAUAAACACCAACAUCUUGAAGGAUCUGUGUUGAUGAGUAAAAAAUGUGAAUCGAUUGGAAAUAAUAUGGACACUCUAGCAAAGGAAGUUGAAGAAGGAGCGUCAACUUCAGAAAAGAAGCAGAUAAAGGAGAAAAAGAAAAAUAAACGUUCCAAGAAAAAGCAGCUUGUCCAGGAAGAGGAGAGAGAAAGAGGGAAAAUUAGCAUGAAAGUGUAUUUAUCAUAUAUGGCAGCUGCCUAUAAGGGCUUGUUAAUUCCGCUCAUUGUUCUUGCACAGACCUUAUUUCAGGUGCUUCAAAUUGCAAGUAGCUGGUGGAUGGCUUGGGCUAAUCCACAGACCUCAGGAGAUCAGCCUAGAACUAGUAAUGUUGUACUCAUUGGUGUUUACAUGGCCCUUGCAUUUGGCAGCACGUGGUUUAUAUUUGUUAGGUCUGUCCUGGUUGCGACGUUUGGUCUUGCAGCUUCACAGAAAUUGUUCCUUAAGAUGCUCAGAUCCAUAUUUCGAGCACCAAUGUCUUUCUUUGACUCCACACCUGCUGGUCGGAUACUGAAUCGAGUCUCAGUUGAUCAAAGUGUUGUUGAUCUUGAUAUCCCUUUUAGGCUCGGUGGCUUUGCUUCUACAACAAUUCAACUUAUUGGCAUUGUUGGUGUCAUGACCGACGUUACCUGGCAAGUUUUGCUCCUUGUGGUCCCCAUGGCGAUAUCAUGUUUGUGGAUGCAGAAGUAUUAUAUGGCUUCGUCAAGGGAGUUGGUCCGAAUUGUUAGCAUCCAGAAGUCUCCAAUUAUUCAUCUCUUUUCUGAGACCAUUGCUGGGGCCGCUACAAUCAGAGGUUUUGGACAAGAAAAGAGAUUCAUGAAGCGGAACCUUCAACUUCUUGAUAGUUUUGCUCGCCCAUUUUUCUGCAGUCUUGCUGCAAUUGAGUGGCUCUGCCUGCGAAUGGAGUUGCUCUCAACAUUCGUGUUUUCUUUUUGCAUGGUUCUACUUGUGAGCUUCCCCCAUGGAAGUAUAGAUCCCACCAUGGCAGGACUUGCUGUUACAUACGGCCUCAAUUUGAAUGCUCGAUUGUCCCGGUGGAUACUCAGCUUCUGCAAGCUUGAAAAUAAAAUUAUCUCCAUUGAAAGAAUUCAUCAGUACUGUGACAUUCCUAGUGAAGCACCCGCAUAUAUUGAGGAUUCUCGUCCACCUUCUGCAUGGCCACAAACGGGAACAAUUGAACUCGUUGAUCUGAAGGUACGCUAUAAAGAGAGUCUUCCAGUUGUGCUUCAUGGUGUUUCCUGCAUGUUUCCUGGGGGUUGUAAAAUUGGAAUUGUUGGUCGUACUGGAAGUGGCAAGUCAACGUUAAUCCAGGCACUCUUUCGACUGGUGGAACCAGCUGGCGGUCGAAUUAUAAUAGACAACAUUGACAUAUCAACAAUCGGGCUUCAUGAUCUUCGUAGCCGGCUAAGCAUAAUACCCCAAGAUCCUACACUGUUUGAAGGGACAAUUAGAUGUAACCUUGACCCCCUUGAAGAGCAUUCUGAUCAUGAAAUAUGGCAGGCGCUGGAUAAAUCUCAGCUUGGAGAUAUAGUUCGUCAAAAAGAUCAGAAACUUGAUACACCUGUUAUUGAAAAUGGAGAUAAUUGGAGUGUUGGCCAACGGCAACUUGUGUCCCUUGGACGGGCGUUGCUUAAACAGGCAAGGAUUUUGGUGCUUGAUGAAGCCACGGCUUCAGUGGAUUCAGCAACUGAUAACCUUAUUCAGAAGAUCAUUAGGACUGAGUUCAAGGAUUGCACAGUUUGCACUAUAGCCCAUCGUAUUCCUACAGUUAUUGAUAGCGAUCUUGUUCUGGUCCUCAGUGAUGGCCGAGUUGCAGAAUUCGAUACCCCAGCUCGGCUACUAGAGGACAAGUCAUCCAUGUUUCUGAGUCACGCAGUCACUCUCCGACCAGGAGGAAAGAUGCAGGCCGUUUCGAGACGAUUCGGGCAACAGUCCUUUAAGCCUUCCGCAGCUGCUGGCAUUUCAUCAUUUCGUUCGUCUCUCAAUCCUUGCUCUGAUCACUAUUAUGGUGCUGAUAAUCCGAGGUAUGCAUCCACCAUUACCGCCCGAGGCACGGGACACAUAAUUCGCAAGGGCACUGGUGGAAGAUCAUCUGUUAGUGGGAUUAUUGCUACAGUGUUCGGAGCUACUGGGUUUCUUGGGCGUUACUUAGUACAGCAGCUAGCUAAAAUGGGUUCUCAAGUGCUGGUUCCUUUCCGAGGAUCUGAAGAUUCUCAUCGUCAUCUCAAGUUGAUGGGUGAUUUAGGACAGAUUGUUCCAAUGAAGUACAACCCUAGAGAUGAAGACUCGAUUAAGGCUGUGAUGGCAAAGGCGAAUGUUGUUAUAAAUCUUAUUGGAAGAGAGUAUGAGACUAGAAAUUACAGCUUUGAUGAGGUGAACCGUAAUAUGGUUGAACAGCUUGCAGUGAUUGCUAAGGAACAUGGUGGAAUCAUGAGAUUCAUACAAGUUUCUUGCCUAGGGGCAUCUCCAUCAUCUCCUUCACGAUUUCUGAAAGCCAAAGCUGCGGGCGAGGAAGCUUUAUUGCGAGAAUUUUCUGAGGCGACAAUAAUGCGACCUGCUGCAAUGAUUGGUACAGAGGAUCGGGUGUUGAAUCCGUGGGCACAUUUUGUUAAAAAUUAUGGUUUCCUUCCACUAAUUGGAGAUGGAACUACCAAAAUUCAGCCCGUGUAUGUCGUGGAUGUUGCUUCUGCAAUUAUUGCAGCUUUGAAAGAUGAUGGUAGCUGCAUGGGGAAAGUUUAUGAACUUGGUGGACCAGAUGUUUACACUAUCCAUGACUUGGCAGAGCUUAUGUUUGACAUGAUUCGUGAAUACCCUCGCUACGUGAAGAUUCCUUUCCCUAUUGCUAAGGCAAUUGCAACACCUCGAGAAAUACUGCUGAACAAAGUUCCAGUUCCCAUGCCCACUCCAACUAUAUUUAACUUGGAUACAAUUGAAAGCCUUGCCACUGACACACUGGUGUCGAAAGAUGCUUUAACUUUUGAUGACCUCGGCCUUGCUCCACAUAAAUUGAAGGGAUAUCCUGUUGAAUAUCUUAUUCAGUAUCGUAAAGGUGGUCCACAAUAUGGUUCUACAGUCAGUGAGAAAAUGUCUCCUAAUCCUGAAUAUUGGCGUUAA